AUGAAAGAUAACUAUGAACAAAGGUAUGCUUUUUUAAGAAAUGGCUUUUACUCGCGUCAAUUUAAGAAUUUAAGACAAGUUAGUGAAUCAACUCAUCCAAGUUAUGAAGGAGGAUUUGGUCAGAUAUUUUAUCAUUUGUUUCAUUUACCUAAUAUAGAUAGAGUAUCUAAAACACCUCAAUAUGAUGAAAUUACUAGAUAUGGAUACAUACAAUGUAUAAAGUAUUAUAGAGUUCCACGAUAUGAUUAUAGUAUUUUAAAAAAUAUAUAUGUCGUAUUAAAAUAUUUCGAUAAUUCAAAUUUUACAGAAGUAUUUUUACAAGAGGUACGUUAUCAAAAUAGGCUAUCACGAGCUAAUUCUAAUAUUGUAAAAUGUUAUGGCAUCAGUAAAGAUCCAAAAAACGACAAUUUUAUAAUGGUUAUGCAAUAUAUUAAUAAUGGGAACAUUAGAAAUUAUUUAGAUAAUCAUUUUAAUGAAUUGGCUUUGAUUACGAAAUUAGAUAUAUUACACAAGAUAGCAGUCGCGGAAGACUUGAAUCUUCGUUUAAAUCAGUGGGUUAAUGAUAUUCGCCAAAGGAAAAAUACGGAGAUAUUCAAACAAUUUGCGAAAUUCGUAUCUGCACAGCCUUCAACGCCAUCUCUAUAUGAAACAGACCCAAAAGCAAUUUAUACGAGCAGGCUUUUGGAUUUUAAAAAUCUUCCCGAACCACAAAAUUCAAUAGAAAUUAAUAACGAAUUUUAUGAUUCUUUAGUUGGUACCCGUAAUUCGGAAUUACGGUAUUACGGUGUUGCAACAGCAUGUUGCAACAAUACAACUUUAAAGCCCGGAAUUUACGGU